CGGGGGUUACUGGUUCCCAGCUGGGGUGGCGGAUACAGGGGUUGCUGGUUCCCGGGACACCGAUCUCUCCUGUGCUCAGGGAAGGCAUCAGGUGAAACGAGCUCUUUCUUGCACGUGCAGCACCGAGCUGCUCACCCUGUCUGUCGGUGGUUGCACCGAGUUGCACUUCUGUGGGAAGGAAGAGGCUCGCCAACAUGGUGGUUUUCACAUGCAAUGCCUGUGGAGAAGCUGUGAAGAAAGCACAGGUUGAAAAGCAUGUGAACAUCUGCAGAAACUGUCAGUGCCUGUCUUGCAUGGAUUGUGGCAAGGAUUUCUGGGGUGAUGACUAUAAGGAACACGUGAAAUGUGUAAGUGAAGACCAGAAAUAUGGUGGGAAAGGCUUUGAAGCCAAAACUAACAAAGGAGAUGCUAAACAGCAGGAGUGGAUUCAGAAAAUUCAUGAAGUAAUGAAGAAGCCAAACAUAAGCCCUAAAGUACGGAACAUCCUGGAGCAAAUGCGUGUCUUUAAUAACAUUCCAAGAAAAAAAGUAAAGUUUCAGAAUUGGAUCAAGAACAGUUUGAGAAUUAAUGACAGCAAUUUGCAAGAUCAGGUGUGGGAUGUUUUCUCAGAAGCAACCGGAAACAUUUCAAAUGAAAAAGAACAAGACAAACCACAACAGAAGGAAGAGCAAGAGUCUGCAGAAACUGGGGAAAAUACAAAAGCAGAAGAAAAUAGAAUUACAGAGGCAAAAACUGAGAGAAAAAAGAGUAAGAGAGAACGAAAAGAAGAGAGACAAAAGAACAAAAAGAAGGAGAAAAAAGAUCUAAAAUUAGAAAACCAGGCAGAAGUAAAAAAGAGUAAAAAGUCGAAAAAAGGAAAAGAGAGUGUGGAGGAUGAAUUUGAAAUAAAUGGAAAUGGCAAUCACAGUGAAACAGAAGAGGAAACAAAUGUAAAGAAACGCAAACAUAAACAUGUAGAAGAGGAACCUCAUACCAAAACAAAGAGAAUGAAAACUGAAAGCAUUUCAGAAGACAUGGAAACAGAAAACAUCAAUGACAAUGAAGAAGAUGUGGGAACAGAUAAAGGUAAAUUCAACUGGAAGGGAACCAUCAAAGCAGUUCUGAAACAGGCUCCAGACAAUGAAAUUUCAAUUAAAAAACUAAGAAAAAAGGUGAUAGCUCAAUAUUAUGCAGUCGCUGGUGAACAGCACAAAACAGAAGAGGAGAUCCUAGUCAUAUUCAAUAAGAAAGUGAAAAACAAUCCCAAAUUUAGAGUUUUAAAGGAGAAAGUUAAACUUGUGAAAUAAACAGUUUGCCUACUUUUCAUAGCUGUUGCAUUUUAA